CUUGCAUUAGUUUUUUUUCACACUGAAAAGUUGCAGAUAUGGCGGAUAUUUCUCGAGAGGAAAAGCUUGCAGCUGCGAGGAAAAAGCUUCAAAAGUUUCAACAAAAGCGCACCCCAUCCAACACACCUACUGGUGGCCCAUCUGCAAAAAGUGCAAAGACGAAAACUGGGAAGGCCAAGCCUAGCAGUAGACCAGAGAGUCCUGCUCUACGUCAGGUCCAGACUGAACCGGCCAAUAAGAGGUUAGCAGACCAUCGGGCCAGGCAAGAUGAGGUGGCAGCAAGUGCAAGUUUUAUCUCACAAUCACCGCAUGAGAAAGGGCCAAACUCAAAUGGGCUUCCAUCAUCAAGUAAGCCAUUGUCAUCAAGUGAGAGUCUCAGACAGAUGUCACAGCAGCUGAAUGGACUAGUGGCAGAAACUGCACUUGUCAAUGGUGAAAUUGGAACAGGAACAAAUGGAAUGUCUGAUUUAGAGAUUCGCAAUCAAGAACUUGCAGCCGAGGUAGAUCAUCAAACGCAGGCUAAUAAGAGACUGUUACUGGAGGCAGAACAGUUGAAACAGCAGUGCAAAAGGUUACAGGACAGUAUUGAAAAGGAGAGGAAUGAGUUUGGUCACCAAGCUCAUAAAGAGCAGAGCGCGCUCAAGGAGCAGCUUCAGGUUCACAUUCAAACGAUUGGUAUUCUAGUAUCCGAGAAGUCUGAUCUACAGAGUGCACUCGGACAAAUCCAGGCUGGCUUCAAACAUAAGACUGAUGAGGUAGAGAAUCUAGCAAGUCGUCUUCAAGUUUCAAGACAGCGAGUGGCUGAACUGGAGAGAGGACUAGCCAGUGCUAAAAAUUCAUCUACACAGUUAACAAAGACAAGCAAAGAACUGGACAAGGAGAGGGAUUCAUUGAAAUUAGAUGUAUAUAAACUGAGGAAAUCAAAGGACGAGUUGAGUCAGCAAAAUUCAGAAUUAUCAAGUCAGUUACGAGCAAAGUCCACAGAAAAUGAGCAGUUAGGUCAGGUCCUGGGUCAGCUUCAAGAGAGAUUGAAUCUAGCGGAGCUUCAGGUCCAGCAGCUGACCGCUCAGACCGGUCAGUCACAGGACACGCAACUCACCAUCAGCAGACUCCAGGAAGAGAAAGCAGACACAGAUAGAAAACUAGCUCAGUAUAUGCAGUCAGUAGAGCAAUUGACAGCCGAACGCCAAAAUCUUCACCAGCAAUAUCAACAGCAUUCCUUACAAUAUCAGGACCACAUCCAGCAAAUUACUGCCCAGAAUGAAUCUUUUACUAAGGAGAAGAUUCAUCUCUUAUCAAGACAAGAAGAACUUCAGCAUCAGAUUAAUGUCCUUGAAGAAAACCAAGCUGAGCAGAUGAAGGAUGAUGUGAGUGUGAGCAGUGUUAGUCAGGAAGAAGUCAUCAGGCUGGAACAGAGACUAGCUGCGAUGGCCGAAGAAAAAGAAGCAAUACAUUCCCAGUAUCAAGUUGUGGUGGCAGACAAUGCCAACCUGAGCAGGCUUCACGAGGAGAAAGAGGACGAGGUGGAGGAGUUGGGUAGAGUGCUGUCGAGAUUCAAGGAGGAGUCCGUGGACAAGGGCUCCCUCUUGGAGGGGAUCCAGAGCGACAAGGCAACCAUCAGCAGAGCGAUGGCUCAGAAUAAACAACUCAAGAUUCAGCUGGAAGAACUUCAGACUGCGUUUGUGAAGAUGAGCCAGGAUAACAUGGAGCUCACAACCGAGCUACAAUCUGAACAGCACGUUGGCAGUGAGCUUGGUUCAAGGCUGGGUCAACAAGAAAGUGAACUUGAAGAGACGAGGUCAAAGCUUGAAGGCACCGAGCGAGAGCUGGAGAAUGCCAAGACGCAGACGUACGAGUUGAACAAACAGGUGAUGCAGCAUGCGACCCUGGCCGAUAGAGCUCAACACUUUGAAGCUCAAGGCGGAGUCAACGAAUCCCUCAGGACAGAUCUCAAACAAGCUCAGGACCAGCUUCAGUCUCUGAGCAGUGAAAACAGUCAGCUAAGAGUAAGGAUUGCCAAUUUAGAGAGCUACCAACCAUCGUCCUCAGAUGAAACAGACGGAGAAGGUCAAAAGAUGAGGAAAGAAGAUAUGGUAGGCACUCUUAAUAAUAUACAAGGAAAUAUUGAGAAGUCCCAAAGCAGUGAGAAUUUCAAGUGUUAA